AUGGGGGGCAAGCAGAGCACGGCGGCCCGCUCCCGGGGGCCCUUCCCGGGGGUCUCCACCGACGACAGCGCCGUGCCGCCGCCGGGAGGGGCGCCCCACUUCGGGCACUACCGGGCGGGCGGCGGCGGCGGGGCCAUGGGGCUGCGCAGCCGCUCCGUCAGCUCGGUGGCGGGCAUGGGCAUGGACCCCGGCACGGCCGGAGGGGUGCCCUUUGGCCUCUACACGCCCGCCUCCCGCGGCGGCACCGGCGGGGACUCGGAGCUCCGGGCGCCGGGCGGCGGCGGCAGCGGCGGCGGCGGCGGAGGGUCCGCGUCCGAAUCCACCUAUGCCCAGGGCAACGGUUACCAGGAGACCGGCGGCAGCGGCGGUCACCAUAGAGACGGGAUGCUGUACCUGGGCUCCCGAGCCUCGCUGGCGGAUGCUCUACCUCUGCACAUCGCACCCCGGUGGUUCAGCUCGCACAGCGGUUUCAAGUGCCCCAUUUGCUCCAAGUCUGUGGCUUCCGAUGAGAUGGAAAUGCACUUUAUAAUGUGUCUGAGCAAACCUCGCCUCUCCUACAAUGACGAUGUGCUGACUAAAGACGCAGGCGAGUGUGUGAUCUGCCUGGAGGAGCUGCUUCAGGGAGACACGAUAGCCAGGCUGCCCUGCCUGUGCAUUUACCACAAAAGCUGCAUAGACUCGUGGUUUGAAGUGAACAGAUCUUGUCCAGAACACCCUGCGGACUGA